GGGUUUUUCUGUCGAUUGUUACUUGCCGCUUUUGUUACAAAGAAAAUCGAGUAAAAAUGGCUCGUUUGUCAAUCUGUUUUGGUUUGAUGUUGAUUUUAAGUUGCGGGAAAAUUUGUUCCUCUGCAGGCUCUGCUCUUACCACAUUUUCUUUGGAAGAUAAACUGAAAGAAUUGGAAGUGAGACUAGAAGCCAAAAUUGAAGCUAAAAAUGCUCAACUUGAAGAAAAGGUGACACAACUGGAGGCUCAACUCGAACUAAAUAAUGAACUAAGACAAGAUUUGGCAUUGAAAGUAACUCAAUUAGAGGCCAAAAAUGCCCAACUGGAAGUUAAAAUAGGAAAACUGGAGGCCAAAGUUGAACAACAAGAUUCGUUUUUAACUUCCCUUUUACGUGAGAAACGCACAGCAGCAGCAACCGACUCGAUUCCAAUUGGCAAUAAUCAAUCAGCUGUUGCCAUCAACGGACUGCCGUCUUCAUGCGUGGAUCUCAAAAUGAUUGGCCACACCCUGAGCGGAAUUUAUUCCGUCAUGGGAUCAGCGAAAAUGGAAUCCGUUUUCUGCGAUUUCAUCAAACUCCCUGACGAUGCGGGUUUCCAGAAAUUUAUCGGAUACGCCGACGUCAAAUCGACGCCCGUCUAUUUCUACGUCCAGAGAAAUACUUCAUUUGACGACGUAUACACUCCGAUUCCCUUCCAGUUGGCACGGGUAAACGUUGGAAACGCCAUGAAUUUGACGUCGGGGAUCUUCACGGCACCGCGACCGGGAAUUUAUUUUUUCUCAUUCGCGGUUACGGCGAAUCUUCUAUCUUCAGAUUCUACCGUAUACAGUUCUAUUCUUUAUUUGAACGGGGAUAUAAUCGGGAGUACUGGUGUUCUAGAGAUUAUUGGUCCCGUUGAUCAAAAUACUCCGAUGUCUUUUCCGUCGACGCUAAACUUGAAAACAGGCGAUCAAAUCUGGGUGCAGACUACUUCUUCUAAUGGUGCAUAUAUUCCAGACGGCGACCUCCACAAUAUCCAUUUCACGGGUUUCAUGUUGGAGGAGGAAAUUGUCGCGUCCCUUUGAGGUUCGACUUCAUCGGCGACACAAACCAAAAUGCGCAAAAUGUCGAACGUCGACACGAACAUUUGGGAAAGGGAAUUUUUAGGGGGAAGGGAAAUAAACUAAUUCGUUUCCAAUUCAUUAAGGAGCGGAUAUUUCUUUACGAAUAUUUGUCAGUGUAUGCAACUUAAUUUACUGAAUAC